CAACUCAUUGGUUACACAACACCACGUCGUCCUUUAAUUACCGUUUGGUUCUCUGUGAUUCCCUUAUGCCUCCCUUUCGGUCCUCUCGUUUCUCCUCCACUACACACUUUUCUUUUGUUCGACACCACAUUUUUGCAGUGUUGCGGUCCUCUUCUUAUAGAAAGUAGACUCAUAUACGUAAUACGAGUGCAGAUCAUCUGGGACAUGUACACUAGCUAUAUAGUCUCAUUUCAAGAAACAAUGGGAGAGACGGAUGGUGGGUGUAUAUGUUAGCAAUUCUAGUAGGAAAGAGCCCCACUACCAAGAAAUGGAGGAGGCCGGAGAAAUUAGGGAGAGGCCGACGGAGGUGGUGGUGCACAAGGUGGAGGCGCCGCCGCUGCGAACUAGUUUGAGCAAGAUGAAGCUGAGGUUGAAGGAGACGUUCUUCCCCGAUGACCCAUUCCGCUGCUUCGAAGGCCAACCUCUGAAGACGAAAUGGGCACUAGCCGCCAAGUAUCUGUUCCCGAUCCUCGGCUGGGCACCAAACUACUCCCUUUCGCUCUUCAAGUCCGACUUCAUUUCCGGCCUCACGAUCGCCAGUUUGGCCAUCCCGCAGGGCAUUAGCUAUGCAAAGCUUGCUAAUUUACCUCCCAUCAUCGGUCUAUAUUCGAGCUUUGUACCGCCGCUUGUAUAUGCGGUGCUGGGGAGCUCGAGGGACCUUGCUGUGGGUCCUGUGUCCAUCGCCUCGCUCAUAAUGGGAUCGAUGCUGAGGCAGGCGGUGAACCCCAGCGCUGACCCGUUGCUCUUCCUUCAGCUGGCGUUCACUUCAACCUUCUUUGCCGGACUCUUCCAGGCUUCUCUUGGCAUAUUCAGGUUGGGCUUCAUAAUAGAUUUCUUGUCCAAAGCGACCCUUGUGGGGUUCAUGGCGGGAGCAGCAAUCAUAGUCUCCCUGCAGCAGCUGAAGAGCCUUUUGGGGAUCGUUCACUUCACAAACCAGAUGGGUUUGGUGCCUGUCAUGAGCUCUAUCUUCCACAGGACUAAUGAGUGGUCUUGGCAGACAGUGUUGAUGGGGAUCUGCUUUCUGGUGUUCCUCCUGCUGGCUAGGCACAUCAGCUUGAAGAGACCAAAGCUUUUCUGGGUGACAGCUGGAGCUCCAUUAGCAUGUGUUAUCCUCUCCACUCUCCUUGUUUUCCUUUUCAAAGCUCAGAACCAUGGAAUAAGUAUUAUCGGGAAAUUGAAGUGUGGUCUUAAUCACCCCUCAUGGGAUAAAUUACUCUUUGAUGCCACCUACUUGGGAGUUGUGAUGAAGACGGGGCUUGUUACUGGAAUCAUCUCACUAACGGAAGGAGUGGCAGUUGGGAGAACUUUUGCUUCAAUGAAAGACUACCAAGUUGAUGGCAACAAGGAAAUGAUGGCAAUAGGAUUGAUGAACAUUGUAGGUUCCUGCACUUCAUGCUAUGUAACUACAGGGGCUUUCUCGCGCUCCGCCGUAAACCACAACGCAGGAUGCAAGACUGCAAUGUCUAACAUCGUGAUGGCAAUAACAGUGAUGGUGACACUCCUAUUCCUCAUGCCGUUAUUCGUCUACACCCCCAAUGUUGUUCUUAGUGCUAUCAUAAUUGCCGCUGUUGCGGGGCUCAUUGAUAUCCCUGCGGCAUACCACAUUUGGAAGAUGGAUAAGAUUGAUUUCGUAGUAUGCUUGUGUGCAUUCCUUGGUGUAAUUUUCAUUUCAGUUCAAGACGGCCUAGCUAUCGCGGUUGGUAUAUCCAUUUGUAGGAUUCUUCUUCAAACCACACGGCCUAAGAUAGUUGUUUUAGGGAACAUUCGUGGGACCGAGAUAUACAGAGACCUUCAGCAAUACAAAGAGGCGAGAAGGAUUCGGGGAUUCCUAAUAUUGGCAGUGGAAGCUCCCAUCAACUUUGCAAACACUAUCUACCUCAAAGAGAGGGUUAGAAGGUGUAUAGAAGAAGAAAAUGUAGUGGAACAUGAACAAGCCGCCCUCCGAUUCGUCAUAUUGGACUUAUCUGCUGUUUUUACAAUUGAUACGAGUGGUAUUGCCUCCUUGAUCGAGUUGAAGAAGUCAAUGGAGAAACGCGAUCUUGAGCUCUUAUUCAUUAAUCCUAAUGGAGAGGUGAUGGAGAAGCUGCAACGAGCAAACAAUGUUCAUAAUUUCCUCGGAGUGGAUUCUCUUUAUUUGACAAUUGGAGAGGCUGUGCUUUCGCUUUCUUCUUUAGCAAAGGUGUCUCCGUAAGAUGGGUGGUACUAUCUUGUAUCAGAUUCUAUAUCAAACAUCGUCACACACGUACGCUAAUGCCGUUUCACGUUCACGAAAUUAAUGUAACUUGUGCUAUGAAUUGCAAUUUCAACGAAAUUAAUGUAACUUGUGUUAUGAAUUGCAAUUUUCA